AUGAUCGGUACAGCACAUCGAACAAUAUUCAAUGUCACACAAGAUAACUGUAUUUGUGAAAUGCUCUCAUUCAAUGGAUCAUUCUCUGCGAUGAAUUAUUUUCCUAUCAAUCAAACUUGUCAAUUAUUUAUUUCGGAUAAUAAUUCGAUCGUUGUAGAAUUUUAUUUGCCUUCAUCGUUGAUACUUAUCAAUAGAACAGCGAUAUCAUUAAUACGAUAUAUCAACCAAGCGACGUCAUCAACAGCAGGGCCUUCUUCAACAAUGUUAACUACAACGAUCGGGUGCAAUCAAACGUUUCGUAAUUACACAACUUAUUCAAUGGGUAGUGGUACGAAUUAUGUAGCCGUAAGUGAUAUCGAUAGUGACAUGAAACCUGAUAUUCUUACAGUUAAUACUGGUUCAAAUAAUAUCGGUGUUCGUCUAAAACAAAGUCAACCAUUUGCAAUAGCCGUCGCCGAUCUUAAUAAUGAUACUUACCCCGAUGUUAUUGUUACAAAUCCUGGAUCAAACAAUAUUGGUAUUCUUAUGAACAAUGGUAAUGGAACAUUUCGUUCUCAAUAUACUUUAUACUCGAAUUCAAAUCCACAUCCAUUAGCAAUAGCCGAUUUAGAUAAUGAUAAUCAACCUGAUAUUCUUUAUUCAACAUGGUCUAAAACUACCGUGGGCGUGUUUUUUAAUCAAGGUAAUGGAACAUUUUCUUCUGAAUCUGACUAUGCAACUGGUGAUUAUCCAUUCGCAAUUGAAGUAUCUGAUGUCAAUAAAGAUAAUCAACCUGAUAUAAUCACAGUAAAUCAGAAUUCAAAUAGUGUCAUCAUUCUGAUCAAUCAAGGGAACCGAACAUUUCUUCAUCAGUCAACAAUAUCAGUUGGCAAUGGCCCAUAUUCAUUAGCAGUUGCCGAUAUUGAUGGUGAUAAUAUUGUAGAUAUUGCUGUCGGCAAUAAAAAUGCCGAUACAGUUAGUGUUUUAAUUAAUCGUGGUAAUGGUACAUUUCUCAAUCAUGUCGUUUAUAAUGUCGGUAGUUCUCCAUACGCUGUAAAAAUCCAUGACAUAAAUCUUGAUAACUAUCCCGAUAUUAUUGUUGUAAAUUAUAAUUCAAAAACUAUCGGUAUUCUUUUAAAUAAAGAUGAUGGAACAUUUUUCAGCCAAAUUACUUUUCCAGUCGGUACCCAACCAACAUCAUUGGCAGUUGUCGAUGUUAAUGAUGAUAAUAAACCUGACGUUAUCGUUACGAAUUCUGGCGAUAGUAAUGUUGGUGUUCUCUUACAUUGUUAA